UGCCAGACCCUGGAAAACAAGAAUGAAGGAACUGCACACUCAGGGUGGUUAGGACAUGGGUGUGGCACAUGGCUCUGCGUUUUUUUAAGGCGUACACAAUAAAUCUUUUACCCAGAAUACUUCAGAUAAUUGGUUCCAAAGUUCAAGGGUAAGAAUAUCCAGGAGAACGCACACAGCAGAAGUGAGAACAAGAGGAGGACGAGUCAAAGAAAAGUUUUAAGCCGGAACCCACACACGCGCGCAAAAAAAGACAAAAGAUGGCAGAGAGCACAAGUCCCAAGGGCAACUCCGGCGAAUUUGCUAAAAAGGUUCAGAGGCAGCUGAGCAGGGGCAAAGAAAAGGUAACAGAUGUGAUAUUAUAACAUUCAGCUGCAGCUUGUGCCCCCCCAUAACACAGCAAAAGAACUGUAGGAGAUGUAAUUGAUGCAGGUACUGCAGAGGCUGGGAAGGACCGUGGAAACCAGAGAUGACCAGUUUGAGCGCUGCCUCCAACGGUUUAAUGACCAGCAGACUGAUGGAAACCGCAUCUACAAGGACUUGAGGAACUACAUUAGUGCAGUUAGAGACAUGCGUGAAGCCUCCAGACGCCUUUCGCAGUCUCUGUUUGAUGUUUACGAAUCCGACUGGGCCGGCGAGGAGGACUUGGGCGCCAUUGUAGAGGGGGAGGACCUCCUGUGGAAUGACUACGAGGUGAAGCUAUUAGACCAGGCCGUGCGCAACAUGGAGUCCUAUGUGGGCCAGUUUCCAGAUCUCAGGGAAAAAAUUGCCAAGAGGGGACGAAAGCUGGUGGACUAUGACUUUUGCAGUCACCACCUGGAGGCACUGCAGACUGCGAAGAAGAGGGACGACGUCAAGAUAAACAAGGCACAGGAGGAGAGGAAUUACGCUAAGAAUGUGUAUGAGUUCAUCAACAAUGAGCUGAAAGAGGAGCUGCCCGUGCUCUACGACAGUCGCAUCGGAUGCUACGUGACUGUCUUCUCGGCUUUGUCCGCCCUACGGGACACCUUCUACAAGGAAAUGAACACGCUCAACUUCGAUCUGCUGAACGUGAUGAGGGAGCUGCAGGCUCAGCAUCCGGACAAAGUGUUUUCCCUGAAAGGAAUGCAGCGCUACGGAUCCCUGAAGAGACGAUCUCUGAUGUCACCCAGGGCCUGGAAGACCAGCUUUUCUGAGUUCCACAGGAGCUACAGCCCUAAAAAUGGCCAGAGGUUUAGUUUGAAGUCUCCUGACAAACCCCGGCGGGGCACCCUAUCCAGAGAGAGCAGCACCCACACGGUCUCCUCACAGUCGCCCCCUGUGGGGAGCCCCAUCUACGAGUCCGGGGAUCCGGACGCCGAGGCGAGCCACGGUGAAACCCCGAGCUUCGCCGCACAAGAGGAGACUGUAACGGAGCAGGCAGACGACAGCACUCAAGUUGAGGAGGAGAAGGUCAUAAAAGAGGAGGCGGAACCUAAGCCUGCUGCAGAACCUGAUAAUAGAGGAGACGGCGAGAGAGCGUCGCCGCGCGAGAGCGGCUGUGGACUGAGCGACUCCUGUGAUUCUGAGAGUCUGGAGGUGCAGCUGUCGGCUGCAGACGACGGCCCACUGCACAUAGAAGAAACAGACGAGAGCCCAGGGCCCGCUGCUGCUCCUCAGCCGAACCCGCUGGAGAACGGUCUCUGCGGGGCUGAAACACAGGACCGGAAUAGUCCACAUAAGGUCCAGGACGCUCCUGCAGAGAACGCUGCAUCCCUCAACUCCAAAAGCACAGAGGUUUAAAGGUGCUACUAUGCUAAAACGUCGGCAUGUUUGUCGUCUAUGCAAGGAGUUGCAAGUUGCAAAUGUUCCCCCCCCUCCCCCCCCGCAUCCUCACGAUGGACUGAAGCAAACAGCUGCAGACAUGUCCAGUUGGUGUCGUGAAUGACAAGAAGCAUACGGACUCGUUGCCUUAGUUUUCUCCCUUCAGCCAAAUUAGUACAGUGUCCUCUGACCUUGUGUAAACUGACCUUGUGUAACUACAGUGUUUUGUAUUCUGUUUGUAACUCCUUUGUGAAGGCAUCCGUUCAACUGGGAUCUAAGUUUAAAUUCUGAAGGUAAUUCCUUGUUUUUCCCCUUUUUCUUGUUUAAUUGUAAUCGUGAUGGUCUCUUAUGAGGAGAUGACUACAUAAACUGACGUAAAUUCAA